AUGACGGAGGGUACUAAUCAAACGUUUCUUACAACAGUACCUGAUGAUAAACAAGUAAAAUCAAUUACUCUAAAUGAUUAUGACGAUGAUAUUGAUAUUGAUGUUAAAUCAUCAGCUGAUUCUCAAGAUACACCCAUAGCAAAUGAUGAAAUAGAAGAAAUUUUAAAUAAUAAACAAUCACAAGAAAUAUCAUCUAUAUUAAUACCAACAACUGUAAAUGAUAAUCUUCAAGAUAAAAUGUCACAUGAUGAUCCAUCACCAUCAGCUGUUAGUGAACAUCUACAAACAUUUAUUCCACGGUCAGUAUAUGAUUAUGCUACAGUACUUCAUGAAAAAAUAGAAAGUCCACGUCAAACUAAACUUGAUCACGAUGUUAAUGCUGUACUUGGAUCAAGUGAUCCACCACCUGGUUUUGGAUUUCUACAUCCUCGAUUUUACUAUCUUGAACAGAAGCGACCUGUUCCUAUGGCACCACUUCGGGUCCGUAUCUAUUUCAUUUUUUUUCUCAUUCUUGCUUGUCGUCAAAAUUAA